UUCUUGCGCGUAAUAUAAUUGUUUCGCUUAUUUUCUACUAUCAUCUCAAAUUGUACUGAACAUACCACAACUGUCAAACGAUUACACUGCAAAACAUUGCGGUACUGACAUCUGGAACCGGACUUUAAUAGUUCCGGAUUUAAAAAUAAAUAGAACCAUAUUUAUUGACACGAGUGAAUCAUGGAUUAUAUGGCGUACGUAACGAGUCCGCUAUUAGUUUUUGAUCAGGUUUAUGGUAGUCUUGAAGGGAGUAAUAAGUCAGAUUUUGUAACCGAGAUACAAAAGGUUUUGCAAAAUCAUCACCUAAAGGUCCCACUAUUUGGGAACACGUCAUUGGAACAAAUCCCCGAUGGACAUUUGGUGCGCAUUGUUGGAAUGGUUCAGGAUAUGUUCAAUGCAGAGUUGUAUAUGGACUCAUUUCGCCUAUCAACAAACGAUAGUACUAUCAGGUCUCUUAGAUAUCGGGAUUUCAGCUGUCUUGAAAAUAAUGAAGAUGUAGCUGUAGUUGAUGUCAAAUUUUCUGAACGUCAGUCAUUCUACAUAGUGCCAGUACCAGGAGAGUCUCACUGGGUCAAAGAAAUUAGAGAAAAGGAAAAUGAGUAUACUUCAUUGAUUACAACAACAUCGGGUCAUAAACGUCAUUUACAUGAAUCUACGGAUGAUGUAAUGAUACACAAGAAGCCAAAAUGCACAGCGACAGAAACUGAUUCGAAUCCAUUGAAGUUCCGGAAACAUUUCCCUUUAAUAGAAGAAGAGAAUAAUGAGAAGAAAAUUGGUGCUUUAUUACGUGUAUAUGACACAGUACAAACUCAGCUGAAAAUUAAUGAUAUUGUUGAAGUUUAUGGAAUAUUAGAACAUGCACGUCUUUGUGAUGCAUUACCGGAAGAUUCAUAUGAACCGGAAGAGAAAUGCAAUGAACCUCUACCUCGAAUACAUGCUAUUAUAGUCCAUGCUUUAGCACAUAAUAAUCCUCUUGUAUGUAAUAAUAUUUCAAUGGAGUCAAUUAGUAAGAAUCUUAAUGAUAUUCAAUCUAUUCGUAUGAAAUUAAUGAAAAUUCUUACUACAUUGUUUAGUGGUGAUGAAAUUGUAGCGGAAUAUAUACUUUUACAUCUUAUAUCGACCCGCUUAACCACAGAUUCACCAUAUGCUAAUCAUUUACCAGCUUUGAAUGUUUAUUCCAAUCAUUCGAUUACAACAACAAAGCCGACAUCAAAUAGUAUUGAUUCAUUCGAUGUAGAUAAACGUCUACUCUUCACACUAUAUAAUCGUUUACAUCAUUUCUUACCAAAAUUAGUUACACAUUUAGCUACUGUAGAAUUUACAAUCAAAUCACUUAAUGAUGGACCAUGUUUAUUUCCUAUUCGUGAUGUAAACAAAGGUUGUUUAAAUCCUGGACGUUUACAAUUACCACAAGGAACGGAAAUACUUGUCAAUGAAAUAGAAAUGGAUUCUGGUCAGUUACAACAGAAAGGUUUAUUAAAUUUUGAAGCUUUAAGUUCUGUGGCUAUGAAUCAACGUUUACUAUAUGAUUUUCAAUUUUAUACACAAAAUUGGGAUACAAAUUUACGCUUAUUAAUUCUGUCCGUUGUACCAUCUUUGAUUAAAUCUGUUCUAUCAUUACCAUGGGAACCAGAAUCAUGUGAACUUAAUGAAAAUGAUGUACAUAUCACUAUUUCUGAAAGUGAAUUCAAUGAUCUACGUAAAUAUUUGACAGUUUUAUCAUUGAGUAAUGAAAAUUAUUCAAUGGAUAUUGAAUUACAAGAGCGUAUCAAUCAAGAUUUUGUCCAAUGGCGCAGGGAUAAGUCAACAUACAUAGAAGCUGAUGAAUUCGCGAUUAUGUUAUGUUUACUCAGAUUUUAUUGUCUAACUUAUGGAAUGCAAUCUCCCACACUGGAACAUUGGUUACAUAUCGUAGAAUUGGAAAGUAAACGAAAGUCAAGAAUUGUGUCAUCCAAAUCACGAACCUCCUAA